AUGUCGGUCAGCCCUAUAGUUGCCUUGGUUGCGUUGUCUGCGGCCUUACUGGUCGUCCGCUACUUCUUACAACUGUACCACCACCGUAAACAAUCCCAAGCUCUACAUUGCAAACCUCCCCGUUUGGGCUCCUCGAGUUUCUUCGGUAUUCCAGGUUUUAUUCGUUUGACCAAGGCUGCCCGUGAAAAGCGUUGGAUCGAUCAUCUCUAUGAGGAAUAUGCUGUCUAUGGAAAUACCUACCAACAGAAAUUCCUGUCUCGAAAUAUUUUGACCACUAUCGAACCUGAAAAUCUCAAGGCACUCCUCGCUACCCAGUUUAAAGAUUUCUCUCUUGGGACAAGACAUCAACAAUUCUACCCACUUCUGGGCGAUGGCAUCUUCACCCUCGAUGGUGCCGGGUGGUCACACGCGCGGGGACUAUUGCGUCCGCAAUUUACUAGGGACCAGGUCGCCGAUCUCACCAUGCUGGAUGAUCACAUCUCCAACCUGAUUGACCUGAUCCCCAAAGACAGAAGCAAUUUCGAUAUUCAGCGCUUGUUUUUCCUGCUCACCAUGGACUCAGCAACGCACUUUCUAUUCGGGGAAUCGGUCAGCUGUAUGCUCCCACCUUCUGAAAAGGCAGGUGUCCUGGAAAGCUGCGCUGUAGGCAGCGCCCAAGGCUUCGCCAAUGCCUUCGGGACCGCUCAGGAUUAUCUCGCUGCACGGAGUCGCGCUCAGGGCUUGUAUUGGGUUGUCAACCCCAAAGAAUUCCGCGAGGCAAACCGGAAAGUGCACGAAGUUGUCGAUCAUUAUGUGAACCUCGCUCUCCAGUCGAAACGUAACCCUGACAAGAAAACCACCGACGGUCGGUAUAUCUUCCUUGAAGCCCUGGCGGCCGACACCGAUGACCCCAAGAUUCUACGCGAUAAUAUGCUCAACAUUCUAUUGGCGGGUCGUGACACGACAGCUAGUUUGUUGAGUUCAACGUUCUUUUACCUUUCCCGUUACCCCAAUGUGUGGAAUCGGCUGCGUCGCGAGAUUGUGGAUAUUUUCGGAGACGCAAGGAAUCCGCGGUCGGAAAUUACACAGACCAAGCUGAAGGAUAUUGCUUAUCUGCGAUAUGUGUUGAAUGAAGUCCUUCGUCUCCAACCCCCUGUGCCUAUCAACUUCCGCGUUGCAACCAAAGACACCUCCCUACCGGUCGGUGGUGGGGCAGACUGUCAAUCCCCAGUCUAUGUCCCCAAGGGCACCAUGGUUGCCUACAACGUCUUCGCUAUGCACCGCCGGACGGAUCUUUGGGGUAAGGAUGCAACUACUUUCCGGCCUGAGCGCUGGGAGGAAAAUGCUAAGCACGGCUGGGAAUAUCUGCCUUUCAAUGGCGGGCCGCGUAUUUGCCUUGGUCAACAAUAUGCUCUCACUGAAGCGAGCUACACCCUCGUUCGUCUGAUGCAGCACUUUGAUAGUCUCGAAAACGCGGACCCCCAUCCUCGACAAGAACCUGUGAAAUUAUCCAACCUUACCAUGUCGCAUGAUCUCGGCGUGCCCGUUCGUUUGUAUUCUUCCGAUAGGAUUUAG